CUGUGCUUUCCAAAAGUGACCGUGUUGGAUCAUUUGUUGACAUGUCUUGUGGCAAUAAACUUCCUGCUACAUUCCAAAUAUUAGUUAAUAUUACGAAUACAAGAACAAUUACAAUCGGCGUUAAACCUUCUCAUACUAUUGAGAAUGUCAAGGCAAAAAUUCAAGACAAGGAAGGAAUUCCAUAUCAACAAUUUUAUUUGAUUUUUGGUGGUAAGCAACUUGAGGAUGGACGUACUCUUUCUUAUUAUGAAUUAAAAGAAAAUUGUUUUGUUAAUUUAAUGAUCCGAAUUCUUGGUGGAAAAAAGAAGAAGAGAAAAAUAUAUAGAUCAAAGUGUUCAAUGCAAAAUUGUGAUGUAAUUAAAUAUGAAUAUAAGAAAAUACUGCGUGCCAGUAAGUUUUUUUAA